AACUUGCACCAUGUUUCUAAAUACAUUUUAUUUAAUAAACAUUCUUUUCUUUCCCUUAUUUUUUUCUUCCAUGCUUCACACCACCCAAAACCCAACGAAAAUUCCACACAAUUCUCUUUCCAUUUCCUAACAUAUCCAACUCCAUCCAUGCCUUCUCCACCGAAACACCAACAAAUCAUUAUCUAGUAAUUUUGUCUUGCAGUGCAAAAGGGUUGGGUUAUGUCUAUAAUAGCAUCCUAUUCACAUUUUGUAUACAAAAAACUUUACCAUAGAGAUGAACACUGUAGUCCCUCUCAGUGCUUUGUAAGUGGCAGAGAUUCUUUGUUUUGGCGCAAGAGUUGUUUUGGAAACAUAUUGGUUGAAAACAGAAACAGAGAAGGAAAGAAGAUUAGAAGAAGAAAUUUCCGUGUGGAAUCUAUGUGGCCAGAUUUGUCUAGACCAAGUACGGUUGAAAUGGAAACUCUUAAUGAUUCUGAACAGCUUGAUCAAAUUCUUGUUCAUGCUCAACAAAACUCUGAGCCUGUUAUUAUUGAUUGGAUGGCUGCUUGGUGCAGGAAGUGCAUAUAUUUGAAGCCCAAAUUAGAAAAAUUAGCAGCUGAAUUUGACACCAAAACCAAAUUUUACUAUGUGGAUGUUAAUAAAGUACCUCAGUCUCUAGUCAAGCGUGGCAACAUCUCUAAAAUGCCAACAAUUCAGCUUUGGAAAGAUGGAGAGAUGAAAGAAGAAGUGAUUGGAGGUCAUAAGGCAUGGCUAGUGAUUGAAGAAGUGAGAGAAAUGAUUCAAAAGUAUAUAUAAUGUCUUGUUUUCUUUUUCUUGAUACUGAUCCUUUCCUCUCCAAAAUACAAAUAACCAAAUCUUGUAAUAUUUUUAUUGUGUGUAAUUGUGUAUCAUAUAUAAAACAGGGGCUUACUUUCA